AGGGGGGCUCCCGAGCACGCGCGCGGAGACGGGACUUAGGAAGCUCUCGCGAGAUCUUCACGAUGCUAUAUAUGUACGCAGGGAGCCCGCGUCCUUUCCCUGGUGUGAUUCCGUCCUGCGCGGCUGUUGUGUGGAACAGUAGUCGUUUAUCUCCGUCCGCCUUCUCUUCCACCUAAGUGCGUGCCACCACCCCAUGGAAGAUUCGAUGGACAUGGACAUGAGCCCCCUGAGGCCCCAGAACUAUCUUUUCGGUUGUGAACUAAAGGCUGACAAGGAUUAUCACUUUAAGGUGGAUAAUGAUGAAAAUGAGCACCAGUUAUCUUUAAGAACGGUCAGUUUAGGAGCUGGUGCAAAGGAUGAAUUGCACAUUGUUGAAGCAGAGGCAAUGAAUUAUGAAGGCAGUCCAAUUAAAGUCACACUGGCAACUUUGAAAAUGUCUGUACAGCCAACGGUUUCUCUUGGGGGCUUUGAAAUAACACCACCUGUGGUCUUACGGUUGAAAUGUGGUUCAGGGCCUGUGCAUAUUAGUGGACAGCACUUAGUAGCUGUGGAGGAAGAUGCAGAGUCAGAAGAUGAAGAGGAAGAGGACGUGAAACUCCUUAGUAUAUCUGGAAAGCGUUCUGCCCCUGGAAGUGGUAGCAAGGUUCCACAGAAAAAAGUAAAACUUGCUGCUGAUGAAGAUGAUGAUGAAGAUGACGAUGAUGACGAUGAUGACGAAGAUGAUGAUGAUGAUGAUUUUGAUGAUGAGGAAGCUGAAGAAAAGGCUCCAGUAAAGAAAUCUAUACGAGAUACUCCAGCCAAAAAUGCACAAAAAUCAAACCAGAAUGGAAAAGACUCAAAACCAUCAACACCAAGAACAAAAGGUCAAGAAUCUUUCAAAAAACAGGAAAAGACGCCCAAAACACCAAAAGGACCUAGUUCUGUAGAAGACAUUAAAGCAAAAAUGCAAGCAAGUAUAGAAAAAGCGAAUUGAACAGUCCUGGGCACUACUGGUAAAUUAAACCCAAAGCUGGGGAGAGAAAAAGGAGAGACAAAUAUAGUCCAUACUGACUGUCAUCAACAAUCCAGACUGAAGUCUCAGAUCCCCUUUCCUGAUUUGCCACCCACCCACACCCCCUUCCAGGCUGGAAGCAAUCUCAUUCUUGAUCUCCCAAAGCACUUUUCUUUUGACUGCUGUGCUUCAGUGACCCCUUACACUUGGCUUUCUAUGAUGUGUGCAUUUGCCUCACCUCUUUGACAAUGUUUUAAUCACUUUUGUAUCUCCCUAGCUGCUCAAUAAAUACUUUAAUGAUUCAAAUAAGAAUGUAUGUGACAAUAAUUUAAAAAUGGAAAUUACAGUGAGGUUUAUUUUCUAGAUUAUAGAGGCAAUUUAAGGAUCUUACACCAUACCUCUGAUCACUAGCCUAUUUUGUGCCAUGAUUUCUUUGGCAUUCUGAAACCUUGAUCUUUUAAAAUGCAUAGAAGAUUCAGGUUACAAGGAAAAUUAAAAUUUAGUUACCAAAGAGGAAACAAAGAGGAUAUACUUAGUAUGUUAAAUAAGAUCAUUCAAAAGUAGUAAGUAUUAAGUGAUAAACAAUGUUGAUUUCUUUGUAUAUGGUACUCAAAAGGGGGGUAUACAUUUGUAUUUGGUUCUGGGUGGUAUAUAAUAGAGUAGGCAAUCAAACUGACAUUUGAGUGGGCCUGAAGAAUCUCAAGUGUAGCUUAUAUUUUGUAUUUUUAGAGUGGUUGGAGAGAAUUUGAAACUGACAAACCUAUCAAUAUGGGAAUACUAUGAAAGAUCUAGGUUUUUUUCUCCCUCUUUUAUUUAAAUGCAAUUGAUUGACAUAAGGCGUAUUAUUAGUUUCAGAAGUAGAGUUCAGUGAUUCAUCAAUCUUCUGUAAUACCCAAUGCUCAUUACAUCACUGUGCCCUCCUUAAUGAAAGGCCUAGGUUCUAAAUAUUGUUGCCCAGUAGGUGUU